UUCUCAUCAAAAGCAGCCAGUGUGGGAAAUGUUUGCACAUAUUCUCUUGGUUCAGCUGGUUUUCAGCAACAGCUCUGUGUUGCAGGACUCAGACAGUCCUUUUAAUAUUUUUGCAUCUGUGUCCAACAUGUCGGUGGAUUGGGUAGGAUAUGGAUAUGCAACUCUUGUGGCAUCAGGAGGAGUCCUUGGAUAUGUGAAAGCAGGCAGUGUCCCCUCCCUGGCUGCUGGUCUUCUGUUUGGAGGCCUCGCAGGUUUUGGUGCCUAUCAGAUCUCCAAUGACCCAAAUAAUAUUUGGGUGUCACUAGCUACAUCUGGAGCUCUGUCUGCCGUCAUGGGAAAGAGGUUCUAUGGAUCGAGGAAGUUCAUGCCAGCUGGUUUGAUUGCUGGAGCAAGUAUUCUGAUGGUGGGGAAGCUGAGUUUGGCGCUGCUCCAGAAGCCCGCGGAGUCCUGAAGAAGUCAAGAUGAUAAAACGUUCGCUCAUGUGGAUCUCUUGAAGCAGCCUCUCUGCAGUUGUCAUUCACUGUUGAAAAUCAUGCCAUUUUCUUUCUAAAAAAAUGUAUAUUUGAGAAUGAAAUAUAUUGUUUAUGUAUAGGAAAA